CGCCAAAGGCGUCCUAACGCAAAAACUGGGACCUUGGCGUCGGCCGGUGGCCUACCUGUCCAAAAAGCUAGACCCAGUGGCAGCUGGGUGGCCCCCUUGCCUACGGAUGGUAGCAGCCAUUGCCGUUCUGACAAAGGAUGCAGGCAAGCUAACUAUGGGACAGCCGCUAGUCAUUCUGGCCCCCCAUGCGGUAAAAGCACUGGUCAAACAACCCCCUGACCGCUGGCUAUCCAAUGCUCGCAUGACCCACUAUCAGGCAAUGCUCCUAGAUACGGACCGAGUUCAGUUCGGACCGGUGGUAGCCUUAAACCCGGCCACGUUGCUCCCCUUGCCGGGAAAAGAGACCCCCCACGACUGCCUCGAGAUCUUGGCUGAGACACACGGCACCAGACCGGACCUCACGGACCAGCCCCUCCCAAAUGCCGACCACACCUGGUAUACAGAUAGAAGCAGCUUCCUGCAGGAGGGGCAACGUAAGGCUGGAGCAGCGGUGACCACCGAGACCGAGGUAAUCUGGGCCAAGGCGUUGCCAGCCGGGACAUCCGCCCAGCGAGCUGAACUAAUAGCACUCACCCAGGCCCUAAAGAUGGCAGAAGCUCACUUACAGGCCCUCCAAGCAGUACAACGAGAGGUCUGGAAGCCUCUGGCCGCUGCCUAUCAGGACCAACAAGACCAGCCUGUGAUACCACACCCCUUCCGUGUCGGCGACACCGUGUGGGUACGCCGGCACCAGACUAAGAACUUGGAACCUCGCUGAAAAGGACCCUACACCGUCCUGCUGACCACCCCCACCGCUCUCAAAGUAGACGGCAUCGCUGCGUGGAUCCACGCCGCUCACGUAAAAGCGG